AUGCCGCCCACAAGGAAGCGCCCUGCCCCCUCGACCGAAAACCCUACCGAAGCAGCGGCACCAUCUCAAGCACCCAAGCGGCGUCGCGCCUCGCAAGCGUCUUCGAGGAGCAACCCCGCCACUUCAGGAAACCGCCAGAACUCUCGCUACCAGGCCGUCUUUGACGACGACGACGACGACGACGACGAUAUUUUCGGAGACCGCAAAGCGAAGAAGAAGCAGGACCAAGAGGAUGACGAGGAUGUCAUAGAUUUGGCCAGCUUAGACGAAAUCCCCGAGUCGCAGCGGGUGCCCAAAGAGGACAAACGCAUCAAGCUCAGCAAGUUUCAAUGUGCGAUCUGUAUGGACUCUGGCACAGGCUUGGUCGUUACACACUGUGGCCACAUGUUUUGUUCCGAAUGUCUGCAGUCCGCCCUUGAUAUGGAAGCGACGAACAAGAAAUGCCCCAUCUGCCGCCAGAAAAUCGACCAAAAGGAUCGCAGCGCCUACAACUCCAAGACCAAAGGGUUCUGGCACUUAGAGCUCAAGUGCAUGACGGCUCGGAAGCUGGCCAAGCAGCCGUCGCGUUGA